AUGAGAUGUCUGUGGAAAAAGUUCCCCAGUCACUGGGGCUAUUGUGUGGAGGAUAAUAGUCUUGUUACUGCUUUGGCCUCGCCUACUCAUGAGUGGUCAGCGUGGACGGGCAAUGCCAGCCUGGCCUGCCAUGCAUGGAACGAGCCUGGGCCACCAGAGCACACGGGCAUUUUCACCCACACCCUGCUGGACUGUUGGUUACAGAUUCUCGUUGACACUGGAAGCAGUAACUUCGCCGUGGCAGGGGCUCCACAUUCCUACAUAGACUCGUAUUUUGACACAGAGAGGUCUAGCACAUACCGCUCCAAGGGCUUUGAUGUCACUGUAAAGUACACACAAGGAAGCUGGACGGGCUUCGUUGGGGAGGACUUCGUUACCAUCCCAAAAGGCUUCAAUAAUUCUUUUCUUGUCAACAUUGCCACCAUUUUUGAGUCAGAGAAUUUCUUUUUGCCUGGGAUUAAGUGGAAUGGAAUCCUUGGUCUUGCUUAUGCCACCCUGGCCAAGCCAUCAAGUUCUCUGGAGACUUUCUUUGACUCCCUGGUGACACAAGCCAACAUCCCCAACGUUUUCUCCAUGCAGAUGUGUGGGGCCGGGUUGCCAGUAGCUGGAUCUGGGACCAACGGAGGUAGUCUUGUCCUGGGUGGAAUUGAACCAAGUUUGUAUAAAGGAACCAUCUGGUAUACUCCUAUUAAGGAGGAGUGGUAUUAUCAGAUAGAAAUUCUGAAAUUGGAAAUCGGGGGCCAAAACCUUAAUCUGGACUGCAGAGAGUACAACGCAGACAAAGCCAUCGUGGACAGUGGCACCACGCUGCUGCGCCUACCCCAGAAGGUGUUCAACGCGGUGGUGGAGGCCGUGGCCCGCACAUCUCUGAUUCCAGAAUUCUCUGAUGGUUUCUGGACUGGUUCCCAGCUGGCAUGCUGGACGAAUUCUGAGACACCUUGGUCUUACUUCCCUAAAAUCUCCAUCUACCUGAGAGAUGAGAACUCCAGCAGAUCAUUCCGUAUAACUAUCCUGCCUCAGCUUUACAUUCAACCCAUGAUGGGGGCUGGCCUGAAUUAUGAAUGUUACCGAUUUGGCAUCUCCCCUUCUACGAACGCCCUAGUGAUCGGUGCCACUGUGAUGGAGGGCUUCUACGUUGUCUUUGACAGAGCCCGGAAGAGGGUGGGCUUUGCAGCGAGUCCCUGUGCAGAAAUUGCAGGUGCUCCAGUGUCUGAAAUUUCGGGUCCUUUCUCAACAGAUGACAUAGCCAGCAACUGUGUCCCCACGCAUGCUUUGCAGGAACCCAUUUUGUGGAUCGUCUCCUAUACUCUCUUGAGCGUGUGUGGAGUCAUCCUUCUUAUCUUAAUCAUCCUGCUGCUGCUUCCAUUCCGGUGUCGGCAUCACCCCCGUGAUCCCGAGGUCGUCAACGAUGAGUCCUCACUGGUCAGACAUCGCUGGAAGUGAAGAGCAAAAUCUGACCUCGGGCAGCCUUGAACUCUUAGCUAUUAAGAAAAUUAUAUUUCAAGAGCAGCAGGCGUGGGAUGUAAGGCAAAGCUUCUUCCUGUGUCCAUUAGUCUUAAAUCUCUGCCCUGCUCCCAGAUGCCUUCCAGAUGCACUGUAUGUUGAUUCUUGAUUUUAAAGCUUCCAAUUCUUCCUUACUUUCAAGAGAAAUGAUAAUAAAAAAAAAAACACCUCAUUCUCAA